AUGACGUUGAAACUUCAUGGCAACAUUCUUGUGGAUGUUCCUCCAACUGUUUGUCUCCCUUCCUUGAAGACCUUGCAACUUCGAUAUGUGACUUAUUUGAAUGAAGAUUCUCUUCGACUGCUUCUAUCGCAUUGCCUUGUUCUGGAAGAUCUGCUUAUUGCACGACGUGAUAAGCAUGACAAUUUGAGAGCGGUAGUUGUUAACUUCCCGUCUUUGCAGAGGUUAUCCUUGCAGAUUGUUAGCGUAUGUUCUUCUGAUGAUGGCUAUGUGAUAGUGACCCCUUGUUUGAGGUAUUUCAAAAUUGUGGACCACAGAGAUUUCCACUCCUAUUUGAUGGAGCCUAUGCCAAAGCUGGAAGAGGCAGAUAUUCAUGUUUUGGGUAAUAUCGGGAGUAUUCUUGAAUCGAUCACAUCCGUCAGACGUCUUUCAUUGGGAUGCAAUGGUCCAAAAGAGUUUGUGCAUCGUGCUGGUAUUGUCUUCAACCAGCUUGAACAUUUGAAUCUAUCUAUAUACACACAUAAUUGGUCGGAUUUCCUUGUUUGGAUGCUCGGACAUUCUCCUAAACUUCGAGCCCUCAAUCUAUCUGUUGGUAGGUUUCCACAGUUUGCUGUGUAUCAACCGGUGAAGUGGAGCUCUGUUCCUGAAUGUUUGUUGAGGAGUCUCGAAACUUUUGAGUUUAAAGAUUACACGGGAACACAAGAACAGAGAGAUUUCUUGAGUUUCUUCUUCAAACACGCUUCUUGCUUGAGGUCUGCAUCAAUCAUUCGUCAUGUUCCUGAUUUGUCGCAUUCUUUCUGA